AUGACUGCGUUCGACACCCUCUGGCCAGCCGACUCAGUCGAGUUCUGUCCUCAUCCGAGUUUCCAUGAUAUAUUUGUCUGUGGAACCUACAUGCUUGAGCAGUCGGAAACCUCCCGUACCGAUCAAGAGCCGGAAGAUGAGACGGCUCAACCCUCUGAACGUACAAAGCAGAAGAGGAGAGGCGAAUGCAUGCUCUUCAAAGUCGAUGCAGAGAAUGAACGUCCGUUCUCUCUGCUACAAAAGACAUCACUACCUGCGAUAUUGGACAUGAAAUGGUGUCAUACAUCGCCUUCCGUCGACCCAACCCUUGUCAUAGCAGAUUCAGAGGGUGGUAUCACACUUCACACCUUGAGGGGGGAUAAGCCCAGUCUCGUUCAAACCUCCUCAAUCGCAUGUGCCUCCCGCCAUGUCCUCUGCCUGUCCCUCGACUGGUCCAGCAGGCGCUCCGCUAGCAGUUCCCUCGGCUCACUCAUCGUCUCGCUGUCCGAUGGAUCGUUAGCUCUUCUCCACCCCGAGAAUACAACUGGCUUGAUAGUAGCCGAAUCAUGGCACGCGCACGACCAUGAACCGUGGAUAGCUGCCUGGAACUACUGGGACACCAACGUCGUCUAUUCUGGAGGCGACGACUUGAAGAUGAAGGCAUGGGACACACGACAAGAUUUCUCCCGGCCUCUCUUCGUCAACAAGAGAUUCGAUGCUGGAAUAACCACCAUCCAAAGUCACCCACACAUCGAACAUUUACUCGCCGUCGGAAGCUAUGACAACACUGUCCGUCUGUUCGACGCACGCAAGCCUCUCGUUCCGCUGACCCAAGCGGACGUCGGGGGAGGCGCCUGGCGCGUGAAAUGGCAUCCAUCUCCCGAGCGCAAGAAUGACCUGCUCGUCGCUUGCAUGCACGACGGGUUCAAAAUCGUCCGCUUCAACCUCAGUGACUUGAAUGACACAUCAAGCACAUCGCAGGAGCAGCCAGGAUGGGAGGUCGUCAAGCGGUUCGACGAGCACGAGUCUUUGGCGUACGGCGUCGACUGGUCGUUUGCGGAGGCAAGCAAGGACGAAGACACGUUGAUCGCGAGCUGUUCGUUUUACGAUCAUACAUUGCACUUGUGGAGGGGCUAG